AUGGCAGACCGGCUAACCCAACUCCAAGAUGCCAUCGACCAGCUAGCAACAAUCUUCUACUGCGCCCUCCGCUACGUCGGCACCCACCACGACUUCAUCCCCACCCACAACGAACCCAAAGUCCGCGACGAAACCCUCCAACCAGAUCCCCCACACAUCUUCCGUUCCUCGCAACAAGAACUAGCCCGUGAUCUAGUACUCAAAACAAAACAAAUAGAAGUCCUUAUAGCUUCGUUACCGGGAAUCGGUGUAUCCGAAGAUGAUCAGAAGGAAAGAUUGAAGGAGCUGGGGAUGGAGUUGGAAAGGGCUGAGGAGGAGAGGUUGAAGUCUAUCAGGGAGAAAGAACAGUUGUUAGUGGAGUUUGAUGAAGUGGUUAGGAGUUUGAAGAGGGUUUAG